AAUUGAGAAGGGGGAUCGUAGGACCCCCCAGGCUUGCUCUCGUCAGCGAACCUUUCGGAUCGAUCGGGUCUAUCGAUGAUGCUGUGGCAGCGGGGUUCAGGGCUCGACCCGAAUUGUACAUAUACCACCCAGGCUCGACACGUUCGUUCAGGUCUCGUCGCACAACUUCAGUCUUGCCUCUUUUCCUUCUCUCAACGAACUCUUCUUCAACUCGACGAGCUUCUUCCAUCUUCAACACUUGAUCCCUCACCCCUCCCCUGAACUCAACUUCAACGAAAAUAAAAACUCUUCCAUAAUGUCUUCCGAUAUGUCAGGCAACGUCGUCAAGACCCCCACCGGUCUCAAGGUCAACGGUAGCGAGAAGCUCGACUACAACUUCCACUACGUCUCCCCCGUCUUCGACAUCAGCCACGCCAAGCUCGCCGAGACCUACAAGCCAUGGGGCCGAGUCCUCAUCGUCCUCGACAAGAUCGUCGCCGGUAUCUACCAGAAGCCCAUCGAGGAGUACUUUGCCCACUACAAGGUCCCCGCCCACUUCAAGCUCAUCAACGGUGGUGAGCUCAACAAGAACAUGGACACCUUCGAGGAGAUCGUCGACUUCCUCGACGCUUCCGGACUCGUCCGACAGGAGCCCCUCCUCGUUGUCGGAGGUGGUCUCGUCACCGACGUCGCCGGUUACGUCUGUGCCAGCUACAGGCGAUCGACUCCCUUCAUCCGAGUACCUACCACUUUGAUCGGAUUGAUCGACGCUUCCGUCUCGAUCAAGGUCGGUCUUAACCACAAGAAGCUCAAGAACCGACUCGGUGCCUACUUCGCCCCCGUCGACACCUAUCUCGACUUUUCCUUCUUGAAGACCUUGCCUGAGGGUCAGGUCCGAAACGGAACCGCCGAGCUCAUCAAGAUCUGCACCGUCUCCGAGAAGAGGAUCUGGGACCUCUUGGUCAAGCACGGAAAGCAGCUCGUCGAGACCGGAUACGGUUUCAAGAACGACGACAAGGAGUUGAAGGCCAUCGGUGAUGACAUCUGCAAGAGCGGAAUCGAGGAGAUGCUCAGGCUCGAGUCUGGUAACUUGCACGAGUUGAUGCUCGACCGUGUCAUCGCUUUCGGUCACUCUUGGUCCCCUACCUGCGAGUUGGGAACCUCGCCCCUUCCCCUCAGGCACGGACACGCUAUCAUGAUCGACAUGGCCUACUCCAUCACCCUCGCCCACUCUCGAGGCAUGCUCACCGACGCUAUGCGUGACGAGUGGUUCACCCUCGCCACCCAGGUCGGACUCUCGAUCGAUCACCCCCAGUUCGACGCCAAGCUCUUGCAGCUCUCUACCCGAGCCAUCGAGAAGACCCGAAACGGAAAGCAGAGGUUCGCCGUUCCCGACGGCGAGUUCGGAAAGUGCACCUUCUUGAACGAUGUCUCGGACGAGGAGCUCGCCAAGGUCCUCGAGACCCACAAGAAGUUUGUUGCCGACAGGUUCCCCAACUACAAGGGACAGGACGCCUACGUUGACUCUGGUGACUUGGGUGAGGACGUCGAGAAGUACAUCGAGAACAAGAAGAACGGCGGAGAGACCCUCUCCGGUGGAUGCGACCACUCGCACGGCAACGGAACCGCUCCUUCGCUCAAGAAGGUCGACGGCUCGGCUGCCAAGGCCGCCGUCGCCGCCGGUGCCGCUGUCAACUCGAACGGCCAGAUCGUCAACGGUCAGGACGGAACCGCCUGAACAGGGUCUUCAGUCAAACAUGACUGAGGCUCUGCGUUCUCGGGUCUCGACGGAUCGGUCUUCAAUAUCUCGGCUUUUCUUUUCUGCGAAUCGACAAAUACAAACCGUACACGAAUAACGACCCGUGCGGGAAGGGGAUGCGAACCCUCUUCUCGCCGG